CGCCCCGCGCUGCCCGCGCCCCGCACUACUUUCGACGCGCGCGCAAGCGUGCUUCCGCGCCGCCUUCGCACCGCCUGCGCCUGGCGCCGCUUCUCCCUCCUUGCCUGGCUAGCUGUCAAACGCUACCACCAGUUGAGUCAGGGCCAGCCGAGGUGUGCGCUUCGUCAGUAGUUAAUCGACCAAGCAUCGCCGCGUCGCUCCAGAUUUCACUUUUGAACCCCUUCGGAAACUCGUCGCAAUGUCCGAGGCAGAAGCCGGCACCAAGACCGAGGAACAGGCGAAGCCCGCGGCGGCGGCGGCUGCACCGGCUGCUGCGGAAGAGGCCGCGGCUGCUCCUCCAGUGAAAGAAAUGCGGGCCGUCGUCCUCACGGGCUUCGGCGGUCUCAAGACGGUGAAGAUUCUCAAAAAGCCCGAGCCAGCGGCCGCCGAGGGUGAGCUGCUCGUCAGAGUCAAGGCCUGUGGUCUGAACUUCCUGGAUCUGAUGGUUCGUCAGGGAGCCAUUGACAAUCUCCCCAAGACUCCGUUCAUCAUGGGCUUCGAGUGUUCAGGAGAAGUUGAAGCUGUGGGUGAAGGAGUGACAGACUUCAAGGUCGGCGAUCGUGUAGCUGCUUUUGCAGAGUACAAGGCCUGGGCUGAGCUGGUGACAGUUCCAGCUAAGCACGCAUAUGUGCUGCCUGCCUCGAUGACUUUCGAUGAUGCUGCUGCUGUGCUCAUGAACUAUGUGGUGGCUUACUCGCUGCUGUUCGACAUCGGCAACCUUCGGGAGAAACAGACUGUCCUUGUCCACUCCGUUGGUGGUGGUGUGGGCCAUGCAGUGGCGCAGCUGUGCAAGACUGUGCCAGAGGUGACCCUCAUUGGAACUGCUUCGAAGAACAAGCAUGAUGCGCUCACCAACCUGGUUACCCACCUCCUGGACCACAGCUCGGACUAUGCCCAGGAAGUGACCAAAAUCUCCCCUGAUGGAGUAGAUCUCGUCUUGGAUUGCCUUUGUGGUGAAGAUUGCAAGAAGGGUUAUGGUCUCCUGAAGCCCCUGGGAAGAUACAUUCUCUAUGGGACCUCUUGCAUAGUUGCUGGAGAAACCAAGAGCUUCUUCAGCUUCGCCAAGUCUUGGUGGCAGGUGGACAAAGUGAGCCCCAUCAAGCUGUACGACGAGAGCAAGGUGAUCGCUGGCUUCAACCUGCGUCACCUGCUCUACCAGCAAGGCAUGCACGACUACGUCAAGGGGGUGGUUGUCAAGGUGUUCGACCUCUUCGAGAAGAAGAAAAUUCAGCCAGUUGUGGAUUCCAGCUGGGCUUUUGAGGAUGUGGCAGAGGCCAUGCAGAAAAUGCAUGACCACAAGAACAUUGGUAAGCUGACCCUGAACCCCAGCCUGGAACCAAAGCCCAAACCCCAGCCUGAGAAGGUAGGCACACCUGAUGCGCACCCACGCCGUUUUAGUUUCAAAUCCAAGGGCAAGGACAAGGAUGGAAAGGCCACAGUGCCUUCUGGUGAAAGCACCGAUACCGAAAAGGAUGCCAAAGAGGAACAGUCACCCCCUGCAAAUGCGAGCUAAACAUCUUCCUGUGCCAGGAGUCUGAAGGCCUGUUCCUGCAGCACUGUGCAAGGGCACAAGAGAGAAAAAAAACUGCAUGGUGGUCAAAGGAAGCCUCUGUCUACUCCUCAAUCUUGUCUGGAAUUUGCUUUGGAGCUGUUGAGGUUAGGUCUCGCACAUGCGCCCUAAUCUUGAGUAAUCACUCUCCCCAAUCUAUGCUCGGAUGACAUUCCCUCUUGUGCAGCUCUUGAACCUGUGUUUGUCGGGUGUUCUCCAGGCGAUCUGUGUGAAUCCAAUUGUUGUCUUAUGCUCCACGUUGUCAAUGACAAACCUGAAACAUGGAUAUUCUUCGUCUGUGGUUGAAAAGUAUUUUUGAGAUGUUCCUGUAUUUUUUCGAAUGAACUGGCCAGUUUUUGGUAUUGGAGUAGGGCAGUUUGAGAAGUAUACAUCUUUCUAAAGACAUAUCGAGAAGGGGUAGUGUCAGUCUUCGGAUUGGUAAUGUAAUGGAAGCUCCAAUUUUGACACGUAAACGUGUGGGUAACAAGCAUUACUUCUGCAGCCCUGCCAGUUGAACCUUGGUUGUUUGUUUUUUCCCCAGAAAAUGCUCUUCUGAGGAUCUGCCAUUAAUCUCCCUAGUGCUGUGCUGGUAUUUGUUCCUAAUUCCCUGUGACUGAUGGAACAGUGGUGCCCUUUGCCCUCCUUCAGUAUUCUGUGUCUGGUGUUUCCUCUUGAUGCUGCUGCAAGUGCAGUUCCUUUAAUUUCAGCUGUUUCCUGGACUGUGUUAUGAUGUUGGUUGGCACUUAAUUGAAAGUUGGCUCUUGCAAGAUAAUUUACAUGUGUAUCGCUUUAAAGAUGUGUAUUUUUAUGGCCGCUGUGCGUGCUGUUUCCACACUGCCUGUGAUCUUGUUUGCAUUAAAAUUGUCUGUACACAA